ACACUGACUGCAGGUUUUAAACUACAACAUAGAGUUGGCUGAACACUGACUGCAGGUUUAAAACUACAACAUAGUGUUGUCUGAACACUGACUGCAGGUUUUAAAGAGUGAAAUCCUGCUCCAUCCCUUUCCCUUCAUCAUCCCCCUCUCUCCUGUUGUUCCUCUCUUCCCUUCUCUCCGUCUGCCAUCUUCCUUUUCUCUCCCACAUUCUACUCAUGUUGUCUCAACGGACCCUUCUCUCUUGGCUGCUGACACCUGUUGGCCUAGUCUGAGAGCACCACAAACAUACAGCAACCAGACCUCUCCAUACCUUCCUUCCAGUCUUUCAUAUUCGGUCUAUCUAUAGUGCACCCUGGCACCCGGCACUAUUCCGUCUAAGGGGGAGGAGGACUUUCUGACCCUGUCCGCUUCUCGGUUCAGCCGUCGGAAGCGUGCCAUCGGAGCCGCCAUGGGCGUGGCCAUGGUUCUACUCCUCCUGAUAGCCAUCCCCCUAUUGGUUCACACCAUGAAAGGGGGAGGAGCUAGCCAAGGAAGUGGCGGCGGGGGGACCCAUUAUGAGAUGCUGGGGAGCUGCAGAAUGGUCUGUGACACUUAUAGUACUGCCCAACCAGGCCAGGAGCUGACAGCCAUGUCCCCUCAACCGGAAUACCCCGGGAAGAAGAAGACGGGGUACCGCGGUGUCCCUGGGAUCCCUGGUCCUCCAGGCGCCCGAGGACCCCCUGGGGAAUCAGGCAAGCCAGGGCCACAGGGGCCUCCCGGCCCUGGACCUAAUGGUUACCUCCCCUCCUACAGCCCCAAGAUCGCCUUUUAUGCAGGGCUAAGGAAACAGCACGAGGGCAGCGAGGUGUUGAAGUUUGAUGAUGUGGUAACCAAUGUAGGGAACUACUAUGAGCCUAGUACUGGGAAGUUCACCUGUCCUCUACCUGGUAUCUACUUCUUCACCUACCAUGUUCUGAUGAGGGGCGGAGAUGGGACCAGCAUGUGGGCUGACUUGAAGAAGAACGGACAGGUCAGGGCCAGUGCCAUCGCCCAGGAUGCGGACCAGAACUAUGACUAUGCGUCUAACAGUGUGAUCCUGCAUCUAGACGUGGGGGACGAGGUGUGUGUACAGCUGGACGGGGGGAAGGUCCAUGGAGGAAACACCAACAAAUACAGCACAUUCUCUGGGUUCCUCAUCUACCCUGACUGACUGACUGACCUGACUGAGUGACUGAAUUGACCAACCUGACUGACCUUCACAACUUUAAAAAGACAAGAGAGGCUGUGUGCGGACUCGAGGAGCUGAAGGCAACACAGACAGAUGCAGACAAACACACACACAAACACACAUAUACUCAUAUACACACAUAUACACAUAUACACACAUACACACACAAACAUACAUAAAAAACGUCCAUACAUACAGUACCAGUCAAAAGUUUGGACACACCUACUCAUUCAAGGGUUUUUCUUUAUUUAUACU